AUGGAUACUUAUGAUGCAAUAAAAUUACCUUUAAGAGAAUUAGCAGCAUUAGUGAUGACAAAAGAAUAUAAGGUUUUGAGGUAAAUUUAGAAUGAAUUUGAUAUAGAAUGCCCAAAUUAUGUUGAGAUCCUAAAACAUACCAAUGACUUUUAUUGUUAAAUUCCACAUUAUUUCUAAUAAAAUAAAGUUCCAUAUAAUUAGAUAGUAUACAAAAUUUUAGAGGAAAGCAAAAACGAUUCAAAUUAAAUUGAUGAAACCUUUAAAAAACUCAAUAUAGAUAUAUAAUAAUUAGAGCAUAAUAGUGAAAAAGUUAAAAUUAAUUAAAUGUUCAUACAAAAUACAUAAGGUUAUUCUUGUAAAUUGGAAGUUGAACAUGUCUUUGAGCUAACAAAAGAAUAAGAUGAUAAGAGAUUCAAGCAAGAUUUUGGAAAUAGAAUGCUCCUGUAUCUUGGAUCACCAUCAAUUAACUUUGCAGGUAUAUAGGCUCAAGGAUUAAAAAUAGCAGCACUUGAAGCUCCAGUCACAGCACAUAGAUUUGGAAAAGGGAUUUAUUUUACUGAUGUUGUUGAAAAAGCAGCAAGUUAUGUUGCACAGAUUUUCAAAAAAAUUAUAUAUUUAUUCUACUUUGCGAUGUGGCAUAGGGUAAUCCAGGUAUCAAAUUCGAUUAUGAUUGUUAUGGAGGUAAUCUCCCUAAAGAGACUCAUAGCACUUUGGGUAAAGCUAGAUGCUACCCUGCCGAAUAAUCUUAUGUUAAUAUGCCUUGAUUGCCUAAUGUAAAAGUUCCAAUUGGUAAGCCUGAACCUUGAGAAUUUCAGGAUACAUCCAUGUUAAAGUGCUAUGAAUUUAUAAUUUAUGAUGAUGCUUAAGUCAGGUUAAAGUAUUUAGUCAAAUUGA